AGGAGUGUCGGCCAAUCCUUGAAGAGAUCGGGGACUGUGCCAGAGAUCCAUGAGGAGCCAGUGGACUCCUURAUCUUAUCCUGCCCACCAGGUAACCUCCAAUAAUGCUCCCUUAAACAGGUGUACUCCAGUAUAGGUUUCCAAUCAAAACCUUUUUAGGCAAAACGAGGAGGGGCUGGGAGAGCGCCAGAUGUGAGCGGGACACAGCCAGCAUUACAGGAAGCAGUUGAACCCUGCAGGCUCAACCAACCAAUCACAGUCUCCUGGUGUGUGCGAUCAACCAAUCAGAGUCAAAUCAGACGUUCCUGGAUUGUGCAACAGGCCAAUCACAGACUCUGCAGCUCUCAGCUCUACCAAAGACGUGCCUCCCUCUGAUUCUAAAGGGAGUAGGUUAGAAGCCAGAGCUGUUUGGUCUGGGACCAGUUGAAAUGCCCUGACCUCCACUACUGUGACUGGUACGGGUCAGAUGGAGGAUGUGUGUGUUGAAGAGAUAGAACACACUGAGKAGCCKCUCUACAGGAUGGAGACAGAAGAGAGGGAUSAGAGGAGAGAUGGAGAGARGGAUGUUACACAAGACAGGAAUGGUAGUYCCAUUGUCCCUGAMAYGCCUCUCAUCUCCAACACAGCCAAGGCAGAGAGGGAUGGAGGGAUAAGGGGGGAGAAAGAAAGGAACGAUAGAGAGGAUGAGAGAGUGAUCCCUCUUUUCCUACCCCCUAGUCGAUGUCAUGGUGCAAAAGAGAGACCAGGAGAGGAUAGAGGAGAGAGAGCGGAGGCAGGGAAAGGAGUUUGGGGGAGAAGARAGGAAGAGGAGGGAGAAGURUUGGAUCUGAGCUUCCCUAAAAAGAGAGAGAUUAAGGAGAGGAGCCUUUGGCAUGAGAGCUCACUGCUUAUGGAGGUAGAUGAGGUAGAGGGGGAUGGAGAUAGGGACAUAGUAGAGGAAGAUGAUGGUGAUGAUGAUGAAGAGGAUUCUAUAUUGASAAUGGAUGGAGCUGACAUUUUKGGGGGACCUCUCUUGUMUCCCUUGUUCUUCUCUACCUCCGUKUUCACYUCCCUCUCUUCCAUAGACUCUGAAAGUGAAGGUCUUCUCCUGAUAGAUGACCAGGGYAUUCCAUACACACUCAMCCCYGAGGGGCACAAAGUGCCCCAAAUGGACUCUUCCARGCCAGACAACCCCCCCUCAAGCCAGCCAAAGGUGCAGUCCAGCUCAUUGGAGGUAGAGGAUGACAGGUCGUCUCAUAUAACCACAGCAGGGGUCACUUACCUCAGCCAAAGUUUAGUAAAAACUCCACACACACACAAGGAAAACAYAUGUCCCGCUCCUGUUACGUCUAUGAAACCCUCACAGAAGUCAGAACKUCUAAAAAAUACAGAACACUCAAAGAACCCAGAACUCUCACAGAAUGCGGAACCCCCUAAGRUUCUAGAUUCAGGUGUGAAAUCUGUUAGUGAGGCUAGUGCUGCUGUUUCCCAACCCUCUGGUUCUGCUGUACACCUCCAACCCCCUCAGCCUAUCCAGAUCCUGACUAACCCCUCCUCCAACACCCCCAUCCUCCUCUUCCCCUCCUCCACCCAGCUCUCCUCCAUUCCCCUAACCAAGACUGAUGCCAAUCCAGGCCUCCUGGCCUUCUCUCUCCCCUUCUCCCUCACCCAGAACACUCCCAGUGCCUCCACCUCUAUGUUCCUUCUCCUCUCCUCCUCCUCCACCUCUUCCUCCGGUCAGUCUUUCUCUACCUCCACCCCCAUUGCUCUCCUUGACCCCUCCACCGGUCAGCUCUCCCAAAUCACUGCCUCCUCUUCAUCCCCUCUUUCUCUCUCUCUCUCUUCUGGUCAGCUCGCCACAUCAGUGUCAUCCCUCCCUGCCAAUCCCUCCCACCCAGUUAUUAGAUUGACACCCAACAACUCCCCUACCAUCCUAUCAAGAGAGAGUCCCAUCGUUAACCCUCCCGCCCCCCUGACCUCCCCCUCUGUGGUCUCCUGCCCCCCCUCCAAGCAGCCCAGCGCUGAUGGCAGUUCUAAAGCAGUUCUACUCAGCUCACCUCCUCACAAACACACUGAACCAAACUGUUGUGACCCCAACACCAAUCAUCAGUCACUCUCUACUGAAGAAACCCAAAUGGAGUCUGUCCCAAAUGGGUCAUCUCCUACUAAAGCCCCUCCCCUUACACACCCGCAAUCCCCUUCUCUGUCCUUUGACUUCAGUUUGGAGGCAACCGACCAAUCAAAAGCCCCAGAGUCAAAGCACACCUCCCUCCCAUGGGACGACCAUCUGUACUUCUCCUCCGCCACCGCUCCUCCCUCCCCUCCCCUUGCCCCCAUCUUCCCCUCCAGCGGACCCAGGAACCUGAACCCCCUGGACCCUCUGGACCCCCUGUCCCCAGCCUCCUCUCCCUCCUCUGGGCCACGAAGGGUACUCYACUGCCCUCUCUGCCCCAGGAUCUUCUACUACCUGUCUGACCUGGAGCGWCACUCCAUCACCCACUCUCAGAACAAACCCCAUGUCUGCCUGCAGUGUGGCAAGGCCUUCAAACGCUCCAGCCAUUUGCAGAGACACAAGCACAUUCACACGGGCGAGAGGAACUUUGUGUGCCCCAUCUGCUCCAAGCGUUUCAGGGAGGCGGGCGAGCUGCAGCGCCAUCAGAGGGUACACACAGGAGAGAAGCCCUACCAGUGCCCGCUGUGCCACACACGCUUCGCCGAGCGCAACACCCUGCGUCGACACACCAGACGCAAACACCCUUACCACCAGGCAGCUAUGGCGAUGCUGUCCGAGAGAGGAGCAGGGGGAGGAGGAAGAGAAGGAGGGGAUGAAGAUGAGGGCACAGAAGAGUGGUAUAGUUCCACUGUGUCCAACUUGGACAACUCUGACUCUGAACCAGAUUCUGAGGUCAUUUCCUGAGGCUGAUCCUCUUGAAUAAAGGAAAGGAGGAGGAGGAGAAGGAGGAGAAGGUGGAGGAGAAGGAGAAGGUGGAGGAGGAGGAGAAGGAGGAGGAGGAGAGCAAAGGUGGUGUAGCUUCACUGUGUUCAACUUGGACAACUCUGACACUGAAAGGGAUUGAAAAUUACCGAAAGUACCCGAAUGGUACUUUCCAAUGAGAACAUUGGUUAUAUUUAUUUAUUAAUUUCUCUUGAAUGUAUUUUAUUUCCAUUCUGAAAAUGAUCACUGAUCUCAUAAAUCAUUUCCAAUCAAGUAUUCCUUCGAUUUUCGUUGUUUCCACAACUAUAGGGCGGAAAAUGUUAAUGGACAUUCUAAAAAGGUCACCCUUUGACAUUCUGCUAUAACAAUACUUUUGCACUACCAAAGUACAAACAAUUAUGUUGUAAAAAACGGUCACAAUGAUUUAUUGUAAAAUUGUUCUUUAUUACUAUAUUUUUUUCUUCUCUUGUGGGAGCUGUAAUUAUUAUUGUGUGAGAUUAUUUAACUUUCUUACUAUUAAAGACACUGUCGUUUGCACUUUUGAAAAGUGGAUUUUGUGUUCAAAUUUGAGAACAAUAGCCUCCAAUUUGUCCUUUUUACAUGGUUUUUACAUUGUGAUUUCUGCUGCCUAUGCCUUCAAAACAAGGUGCACUAAUUUGUUAAAUGCAUAGAACAGAAUUCUGACCACUUUUUUGUUGUUGCUGAUUGCACCACUGAUGCAAUUGAAGCUUAUGAUACAUGCUAAUCAUGUUAACUUAUUUCAGUUCAACCCCCCUGUGUGUGUACAGGUCCUUCAGAAAGUGUUCAUACACCAUGAGUUAUUCCACAUGUUGUUGUGUUACAGCCUGAAUU